AUGUCUACUCCAGAAGCCGAUCAUUCCAGAGAUCCAUGUCCGAUUGUGAUUCUCAGUGACUUCGGAGGAGCAUUUUCCAUGGGUGCUAUUGGUGGAUCCAUUUGGCACGGAAUCAAAGGUUUUAGAAACUCUCCAUACGGCGAGAGAAGAAUAGGAGCCAUUUCUGCUAUCAAGGCUAGAGCUCCUGUUGUGGGAGGUAAUUUUGGAACUUGGGGUGGUCUGUUCUCGUUCUACGACUGCUCGAUCAAGGCUAUCAGAAAAAGAGAGGAUGCCUGGAACGCCAUUCUUGCGGGAUUCUGCGUCGGUGGCUCCCUCGCCAUCAGAGGAGGUCCUAAGCAUACUUUCAACAGUGCUGUCACGUGUGCCUGUGUUCUUGCCGUGUUCGAGGGUGUUGGUAUGAUGUUCCAAAGAUACAUGGCCUGGGCCAACAAACCAGUGGCCAUGCCGCUUCCUGAGCAGCAGGCUGGCCCGGCUCCAUUGGGAGCAUAG